CCCAUUUGAGCCAGCAGCAACGUCUCGACUCUACGAUAUAACGAGUAAUAGCAUGCUUGGACAAUCGAUAUCUAUGACUUGAAACGCUCUGUCGCUCUCACUGAACCCUGACGCAAUCCAUGGAUCAUUCUCAGUCCCUUCUCGAACAGGGCGUGCCUUUGGGCCCAACGAUCGUCCCCCAGCCCAACGGACUCCCUCCUGACGAAGACGAACAUGCUGCUAAAUUGUCGACAUGGGCGGACAAAUACCGUGGCGCUACUGUAGCAGACCUAGAUCUGCCCCCUGCAUUAUCAACUUCUCCAAGCACGUCACUUGCCGCUGCGAUGCUCUCGGCCUCAUCUCAUGACUAUUCGCACUUGACAGUCCUCUCCGACAAUACUCGUUCCCUCCUGGGCUACCUGCCUAUUUCGAAAUUGAAGCAGCUGUUUGAGUCUGGACAUCUGCAGCCCUCCGACCCAGUCUCGAAGGCCAUGGUGAAGUUCCAGCGGGGCGGAGGAAAGAAAUACCAAGUUGUCACAAUGGAGACCGAGUUAUGGGAACUUGAAGGGUUUUUUGAGGACAUUGGGCCACUGGCAACCGGCGAAAAGCAACAUUUUGCCGUUGUCACUGACGGGGGUAGAAAGUUCGUCCUGGGAGUGGUCACUAGGAGUGAUCUGGAAGAGUUCGUAAAGAGAAGGCCGGCUUGAACUUCAGAGGCCAUGACAUUUGGAAUACUCGACCUCAGACACCCAGGAGCAAGCGGCAGCUAAAUCUGGACUUCAGCAGCAUCCCUCUGGACACGCGACCGGUACUGCUCGCAAUGCUCCGCCUUCUACAGGAACACGGAAUCCGCUACCUCCGUUCGGCCCUACGUGUAGAGGACUUGUGAGCUCUCUUGCUACUAACCUUGAGGCUAGUGGUAGAGUUCAAGAUCCGCGGGACUGAAUGCCAUUGUGUAAUUGGGGGCCCAACCCUCGGGCGCAUUAUCCACAAUGAAACAGAAUCUUUGUCCGGCCGCCCUGAACCAUUCUCGAAGGGCCGACGCUGUCAGGUCCGGGUAUGGAACUGGAGGUAUUCCGAAGUGCUUCGGCCUCGUCCGAGAACGAAGCUUCCCCUUGUUGAUUCACCGUUGGCAGUGGACAACAACGAAUUCAGGCGUGUUGACAAGGAGAUAUUUCGGGUUCGGGUUGCAUUUUUCGUGAAGGUGAUCAAGGAAGAUAAUGUGGCAUUCGCAUUGUUCACGAAUACAACUGGCAGGUGAGACAAUUGUGCAGUUAAUUGGUACGUCGAUAUCAUCAGGUUUCUCAAUGAAGAUUCCAGUUCCAUCAACAGGCGGUCGAAGCCAGAUUAUCUGUCAUAUCCUUCCUCAGAAGGAUCCAGUUACAACACCCAGAUACCUUUCACGCUAGGCGCACACCUUCCAGAAGCACAAAUGAUUUUGCGUACUUGGCAAUGCACUUCGACUGUCCUUCACGAUUGCCGUCCCCAGCGACACCAUGUCCCAACCGAUCAAGGACCUUCCUCUUAACCUUCUCCGGGAUGUUCUCCUGAGAACAUCUCAUUCCCCUAUAGCUGGCGAUAGGACCCUCGUAUGCAAAUCCAUCUUACACUGUCCUCCCCAGGGACUCGUUUGCGAACCAAUGUUAUACUCCACUGUCUCGCUGGCCGAUACCCAACUUGUCAAAUUCUGCAAGUCACCCAGUCAAGCUACAACAUGGAGAAAGUCUCUGACAAUUGGUCUUAACCCGGUCUAUUACAAGCACGGAUCUGUCCUUGAUGGUAAUGAGACACAAUCGCUCAGAAGGGCUAUGCGGUGAUUAUCCAGGAUUGUUCGCCUCUUGCCGAACCUGCCAACCUUCUCGUUUCGUGUGACCCACGAAGGACGCCAUCCCCUGACCACAGGAAUUGCUGUAUGCCACAGUGAACUCAAAAACGUCCUGCUCUCACUACCAGAAUCAGUCCGAAAUCUGGAAGUCGAUACCUUGCGAUAUAACCGCGGGCAAGACUCGGCACACCUCUGUACGAUCCUCAGAUACUUGAUGCCUCAAUUAGACAAUGCGCAUCUGAUACCGGCAGAGCUCUGUGAAUAUCUGCUCCCGGAUGAUGACUAGGGAGAUAUUCUUAUCCCCGCGACCGGAAUGCGCUUGAAGGGUGCUUUUGUCAUCAAGACCAUUGGCGAACGAGACAAACUUUCACUCACUCGGCCAUGUGACAAUCGACCAAGUCCUCCCAUCGCUUCUAAUCAAAUGCCACCAGUGUGUUCCGAAGUCCCCGUGCCUUUGUGUAUUGGCGCGAUGUCUGCAAAGGAGAAAGGGUGUCUCACCAAUUUCUGUCGCUGCUCCUUUUUUGAUAUCCAGCUUUUGUUAGAAGACGUCCAAAGCGUCUCGAGUCUUCCUCCUUUCACAAGCAAUCCCUUUUCACCACAGGAAAGCUGGACAAGUAUCUGGAAUAAUGUGUCGCGGACGACGUCAGACCCUAGAUUCUGUGGCGCAAUGGUAAAUGAGAGGCGAUGAGAAGCUUGCCAGAUUAACCGACCUCGGUGGUCAUACUGAAGGCGAAGAAUGGGUAGAAACACUUGAAGGCCACAGGUGUGUCUCGAGACACAUUUGUCUCCACAUUCAUAUGCAUUGGGUGUCUAUGGAGAUAUGGGUUGGCUUCCAACUUGAAUUCCUGGGCAUGUCUCCGAAACCGAUCUUUGUGUCUGGAGCCAUCUAUACCCCUCAAACCCCUUCACACGGCAACUUGUUGAAGGGGGGCUAGCUGCUCAAGCGUUUUAUGGAUGAUGUGGGACUGUAACUUCUAAAUCUCGGUCAAGGGGAGGGGGAGGAAAAUAGAGUGAGGGCUCUUUGCUGGGGUCCCCUUCACAUGUGGACCGGCAUCAGGUAACAAACAG